AUGUCUUCCGUAGGCCGAAUCGGCGCAAAAUCCCUCAGGCUGGUCUCCAAAGCCCCCGUCCGCCCAUCUAUCCCUCCUCCCGUACGCGCUGCAACUCAAUGCGCUGCCCCAGGUCCGUCCAGCGGCUCGCACGACCGACCGAACUUCCCCUGUGUCGACGCCCACGCCGUACGCGAGUCCCGCAUCAUCUCCUCACGCACCCUCUCCUCCUCCGCCUCCACGUCCUCGGGCCCCGAACCCCCGUACGCCCGUCCGAAUCCCACGUCCUACGAGGUCUAUCGCCACACCUCAGCCCUUCCCCUCGUCUACGCCGAUGCCUUGCCGGCGUUCGAGAUUGCCUACGAGACCUGGGGCACGCUUUCACCGAGGAAAGACAACGUCAUCCUGCUCCACACCGGUCUCUCCGCCUCCUCGCAUGCCGCCUCCACUGAUCUCAACCCGGCCGACGGAUGGUGGGAGAAGUUCAUCGGCCCUGGCAAGGCGCUUGACACGAACCAGUUCUUCGUCAUCUGCACAAACGUUCUCGGCGGAUGCUACGGCUCGACAGGUCCUUCGUCCAUCGACCCAAACACAGAGCAGCCCUAUGCGACCCACUUUCCAGUCUUGUCUAUAUUCGACAUGGUUCGGGCCCAGUUUUGCCUCCUGGACCACCUGGGUAUCAACCGAUUGUAUGCAAGCGUAGGAUCGUCCAUGGGUGCGAUGCAGAGCUUGGCUGCGGGCUGGCUGUUUCCGGAGAGGGUGGGGAAGGUCGUAAGCAUCAGUGGCACUGCCCGUAGCAGUCCCAGCGCAAUUGCCAUGCGGUUUGCUCAAAGGAGUGUUCUUAUGGCGGAUCCCAAUUGGAAGAACGGGUUCUAUUAUGAUGGACUACCACCACAUGCAGGCAUGAAACUGGCGCGACAAAUUGCCACAAUCACAUACCGCUCCGGCCCGGAAUGGGACUUGCGCUUCGGGCGUAAGUUCCGCCAGCUCCCAGACGGCUCGCCGCGGGAUCCCAGCAAGCCGCGCACGCCCGCGCUCUGUCCCGACUUCCUGAUCGAAACCUACCUCGACCACCAGGGCGAGGAGUUCUGCCUGAAGUACGACGCCAACUCGCUCAUCUACAUCUCCAAAGCGAUGGACCUCUUCGACCUCACGGCGCCCGCGCUCGCCGAGCUCCGCCUCGACAUCGCCGCCCCGCGCACGUCCCCGCCGCCGCUCCCGCCGAGCCUCACCGCGCACCCGCGGUCGCCGGCGCACGCGCACUACCACCAGACGCUCUCGCACUCGAAGCACCAUCCGCCGCCGCCGAACCCACCGCUGCACUUGCCUGACCUCGCAGCGGGCCUGCGCCCGCUCGCGAACACGCCGACUCUCAUACUCGGGGUCCAGAGCGACAUUCUGUUCCCGGUCGAGCAGCAGCGCGAGGUCGCGGACGCGCUCCGGAUCGCGGGGAACCAGAUGGUGAGCUACUACGAGCUGGGCGGGGUGUGGGGCCACGACACGUUCCUGCUCGACGUGCAGAACGUGGGAGGGGCCAUCCGGGGUUUCUUGUCAUGA